UCAUUGGUAUUUAGAUUGUCAGUACUAGUUCCUUAUUAUACUAUCAUUUUCCCGACAAAAUUAAUCCCUUUUUUCUUUCUUAGUUUAAUUUGUUUUCUCCCUGAAUGUUUUGUGCAAAUUCACAAAAACCUCAAACAUCAAAAACCCCUUUAAACACACCUGUCAACACCAUUUUCUUGAGCUGUCAAAAAACCAGGUGAUUGAUUCCGUUCAUUAUAAUCUGAGACUGUGGGGUUCUUGUAUUUUUCACCAUUGAUGACUGUUCAAGAAAAAAACCAACAUUAGAAAAUGAAAAGGUGGUGGUGGGCUUGAUGGAAUUUUAUAAAACAUCAAUUGAAGAGAAAAGGUACAAUCUUUUCGUGUUGAUGGAAGAAUGGACGAGUUUAAAUGGUGACUUUAUGGUUUUUAAAGGAAAUAGAUUGAGUGAUUUUGCUAUAGAUUCUGGUAAGAAUAGGCUUAGGAGCUUGUUUGAUCGAGCUCUUGCAGUUUUUCUCAGUGAGAAAUCUGAGAAAAAAGGUGUAAGGACUCUUCCAGUUUUGACUGGUAGUGGGAAGCCUCUAGAUUUGUUUAAACUCUUCUGGAUUGUGAGGGAAAAAGGUGGUUAUGAUCUGGUUUCGUGCAAGAACUUGUGGGGUUAUGUUGCAGAGCAUUGCGGGUUAGAUACUGGGGCUGUUGCGUCUGUGAAGUUGGCUUAUGCUAAGUAUUUGAGUGAAUUUGAUCAUUGGCUACGACCAGUACUUAAAGAUGGGAACUUGGUGGAAGGAGAGGGUGGUGUUAUUCGGAAACUUGAUUUAUUGUUGAAGGAGUUGGAGACAAAGUUUAGUGAUUUGUUUCCUUCUAAAAAUGGUUGCAAGGAAGAGCUUAUUUGUAAGGUCAAUAAUCAGGUUGAUUUUGAAAUGUUUACUGCUCAAAGUGUCAAUGAAACUAAUGAUUACUCAGAGCACAGAAGUUGCAAUGCUGAACACAGGAAGCAUAAACUUAACAAUGGUGAUGAAAGGCUUGUUUGUAAGAUGGCCAAUGACACAGUCUUCUUGGUAUCUACCGAGGGGAUUGUUGAGAAAAUCAUACAUCGAGCACCUGAUGAUGACGAAAAAUUAGCCCAGGAUGGUAAAAAUAAUACAACAUCUACCAGAGAGGUUAUUCAGGGAGCCGUUGCUAAGAUGAUUGGCAUGGCAGAAAAAGAGAACAAUGACAAAGAAACCUUUUCCGUUCUGAAUGGUUCUGAUACUACUGCGGCAUCGGGCAAGAGUGUUAUUGAUGACGUAAUUGCUUCUCGUAAGAGAAAAAGAGAAUCUCCAUGUUUCUCCUUAAUGUUAAAUUGGGUUAAACACGCGGCAAAACAUUCUAAUGAUCCUGAAAUUGGAGAAGUUCCUAACUCUUCGAAGUGGAAAGGUCAUACAGGCAACGAGUUCUGGUUCCAGGCCUUGUCGGUUAGGGAAGCACUGCUGAAGAAAAGCCAUAUUGAUACGGAUGCAGAGGAAGCUAACCCUCAGAAGAAGCAGAGGAUGCAGCCGUCCAUGUAUGAAGAAGAAAAACUUAACAAUCAGCCUGCAGAAAAACUAAGAUGCAGCAAAAGGAUCCCCGCUUCACAAAAACACAUUCUUUGUAGAGGUUGCAGCUCAUGUCCGACCUCUCGAAAUAAAGUUGAAACUCAUCAGAAGAAAGAAGAUGGUAUUGCGCCAGAUCCUACAAGAAUUGCGCCAGAUCUUACCAGUGUUGAGGUAUCAGUACCAGAAAAAACUAAAGCUUCCAAUGAUCAGCCAAUAUACUCUGAAGCUUUCGUGGGUCCUCUCUACCAAGCUGAAGUCCCUGAAUGGACUGGGGUGAUUUCUGAGAGCGAUUCCAAGUGGUUAGGCACACGAAUGUGGCCUCCAGAAGUGGAAAAAACAAAUUCUUUGGUUGUGUUAGAUCCUAUCGGAAAGGGAAGACAAAGUUCAUGUGGUUGUCCAUUUCCGCAAUCUACUGAAUGCAACAGGUUCCAUAUUGCAGAGAAGAGGUUUAAAUUGAAGCUUGAGCUUGGUACUUUGUUCUUCCGGUGGAGGUUUGACCGCAUGGGGGAGGAAGUUUCGCUUUCAUGGACAGCUAAGGAGGAAGAAAGGUUCAAAGCUUCGGUUAGGUCAAGUGCUUCAUCAAAAAACAAAUUGUGGAAGAACUAUAAGAGACUAUUCCCAUCCAAGACUAGGAAUAUGUUGGUUAGCUAUUACUUCAAUGUAUUCCUUAUCAAGCGUCGGAGCUAUCAAAACCGGGUUACUCCAAAAGACCUCGAUAGCGAUGAUGAUGAGAAAGAGUUUGGAUGUGUCGGUGGCGGUUUUGGUGACAUUGCAGUUCGUGUACCACCCUUCAGGCCUUCACUGACAUGCAGCCAGAAUAAGGUAUGCACUGAUCUGCAGUGACAUGUCAUGAACUUUGAAGCUUCUGUUCUACUUGGUAUCAGCAAAUAUGUUUUCUUGAACACAGCAGGCAGUUAUUACAACUUUGCUUGACAAUUUUGAUAGACUAAUUGAGUGCAGUUGGUGGUAAGUUGGAUAAUACUAGUGGUGAUUUGGUAUUGAAGGUCUCAUCUGGUUGAAGAUCAAGUGAGAUGGAGCAAGUCAAAUAUUACUUAGUAGACUGAAGUGAAUUAUCUUGCUAGGUAAAGAUAUUUCUAGACUAUUGGCAAAUAGUGCAUUAUCAUAGUUUAAACAAGUUACAUACAAGGAUUCAAAGUUUUCUUUAAUGUUGUUUGAAGUGGAAUGUGCUGUUUAGACAAGAUCACUUUUGAUCUUAGUAGCACAUAUGAUAGGUUAAAAUGAAAGAAUGUUGCUUGAGGCACUA